AGAUGGCGGCCAAAACAAAUACAGUCGGGUUGAGAAAAAUAACAAAACCUGUUAUAAGCACCGAUGUGAUGGGUAACAGGAAUGUAGAAAUUCGAGCAGUUGGUGCUUGGGUCCAGCCAGCGUAUUCCGCUCCUGCAGAAGGCGUGGCAGCUGCAGAACAAGAGGAAGCAAGAAUAAGACAGACUCAAGCUGAAAAAGAAGCAAAGCUGAAAAGAUUCAGAGAAGACGUGAAAAACCGAGUGCGAUUAAUGGAAAAAGCACGCAAACAAAAAGAGCUAGAAAAGUCCUUCAAUGCUGUUGAACAAGAGCAGAGCAUCUUGCAGCAAAGUGCCUUCAGUGAAAACAUUGUCCCAAGAAAAGACAGUUGUUUGAUCAGAAAACAUGGAACACAUGCAAUUAAGCAAAUACGUCCAUCUAGUUCAUAUGAGGGAAACAUGAGAAAUAGUGAGAAUUCAGAGGAACAUGCAUUCAUAGAUCACACAGAGGAGGUACACAAAGUAACAAGACAGGCCAGGAGCAGACUAGUCUCUAAGCAGAUAUUAACAGACGAUGUCAUCUCUGAUGGACUUCCAGGAGGGGUGUGGAAGGUGUCUGUCUCAAGAGAACUGCCUCUGAGAUCUUCAAAUGAAAAGACUAUUAAAGAUGCGGAAAAAGAAAAUGAAGAUACUGAAGAUGAAGAUAAAGACAAAGAAAAUGAGAGUACAGACCCUCUGGAUAAAGUGGUCCAUUUCAAUCUACAGCCUACAUUCCAUGAAAUAAAACAAGGGAGACCAAGGUGUAAAAGUGCCCAUGCUUCUCUGGGGGGCCAGAGUCACAGAAGGAAGCCGGUACCUGAUAUUUAUGCCGGGGUUCACAAAGAGGAGCAGAAGAAGCAGCAGAAGUUACAGCAGGCUACGUACAGACGGCUGUUUAUGGACAUAGAGAGGGAACAAGUCAAGGAAAACAUACGCAGGAAGGAACAUCACAAACGAAUUCAAAAAUUAAAACUAGAGAAGGAAGAGGAGAGGAGAAAUGAGGAGGAGAUGUCCUUGAGGUCAGUAGAACCUCGUGAUCCCCUCACAGGAGAAACAUCACUGGAGGCCCUCCAAAGGGAAAUUGAGGAGCAUCGGCAUGUGGUACAAGUCAUCAGGGAAAAUGAGGAGAGACUUCGUAAAGUCAAGGAAAUGGAAAGGUUUGUUGAAGCCCUGAAGCAACAAUUAAAGGAGAAGAUGGAUAAACGUGGGGUAGAACUGCCUCCUCUAUGCUGCUGUGGGAUGACACUUUGGGACACCAAUCCUGACACCUGUGCCAAUAACUGUGUGUUCUACAGAAACCCCAGAGGAUAUGCAAAGGCAUUACAGUCCUUGCUGAUGGCAAAUGAAAUAUCCUGAAAUGGAAAUGUUUAAAAAGGCAGAGAAAUUCAAAAUAUUAUUUAUUAUCUGUGAUAUUUAUGAAAAUGUUCAUGUAUUCAAAACAAGUUUAAGGAAAAGUAUAAACUUAAAUUCAGAUAUAUGAUUUUAAAAUAUUCUGAAGGUGGAAGAAAUGAAUUAAAGUAUUCAUUUUUGGAAUUUAGACCACUGAUUAUCAUUGGAAGUACAUCAUCUAAUUUUAUUUCUAGAGCAAUUUGUGAAUAUUGUAAAACAUGAAUAUAAGCACAAAUAAUGCUUUUUGUUGUAUGGUAUGUACAAAACAAAUGUACACAUCUUGAAUAUUUAUUUUAAUGAGCCUUUCUUUUGUAAAAUGAACAGUUUUGUAAAUGCUUGAGACAAAGUACAUGUGUUUGUCCUAUUGCAUUUUUAUUUAGCUGCCAAUAACUUGUUAUAAAUGUGUUUGUACAUGUAAAUGUAAGUGUUAAAAGCUCAUAAAAUAUAGUUUCCGUGAAACUGAUUCGGUAGAUGUUUUAGUUUAUUCUACAAUUUUAAUAAAAAAAAAUCACAUUC